UGCCACAAGAGAUGAAAGUAUUGUAUUUGUAAUUUUAAAUUAAACAAUGAAUGCUAGUAAGAAUUUUGGGAGGGGUAUAGUAUGAAUGAGUUUUAGCUUCCUCAAAAGGUGAGCCCUAAAUUGGUUUUCCUUUCACCCUGCUUUUAUUAUUUACGAAAUGUGUGUUAUCUUUGUUUUUGAAGGUCCACAGACAUCAUUAAGACUGUCUUACCUGAUGCAUCAGCGUUUAGUUACAAUAUUUGACAAUUUGGAGGAACAAACAUCAGGAAAAUAGCUGUCAUGGAUGACAAAACGCAUAACUGCAAGGAUUGUGGCACAUAUUUUCACUGUGAACAACAACUCAGGUGGCAUGAAAGACUACACCUGGCUGAUAAUCGUCAUAAAUGCAAUGAAUGUGGCAGGGUUUUUAGUCAAAAAGGACAUUUAAGGCAACAUUUAAGAGUACAUACAGGGGAGAAACCUUUUAAAUGCAACUACUGCGGAAGGUGUUUUAGCCAGGCGGGAACUCUAAUGCGGCAUAUAAGAACACAUACAGGUGAGAAGCCCUUUAAAUGUGACUAUUGUGGUAGGCUGUUUAAUCGGGCAGAGCAUCUAAGCCGACAUACAAGAUGGCAUACAGGAGAAAGGGCUCAUGAAUGCAGCCAGUGUGGUAAGCGUUUUAUCGAGGCAGGAGAUCUGAAGAAACACUUUAUAUUGCAUACAGGAGAGCGGCCUUUUGUAUGUAAGCUGUGUGGUAAGACUUUUAAUCAGGCAGGGAAUCUUACGCAGCAUGUACGCGUGCACACAGGAGAGAAACCCUUUGAAUGUAAACAUUGUGGCAAGCGCUUUAAUCGCUCAGGACAUAUGAGGCAGCAUGCAAGAUUACACACAACAGAGAGGCCUUUCAAAUGCAGCCCAUGCGGCAAACGUUUCAAUGAUCCUGGACAACUAAGGCGACAUCUGAGACUACAUACAGGAGAGAAGCCUUUUGAAUGUAGUCAGUGUGGCAAACAUUUUAGACACGCAGGGACGUUAAAGCUGCAUCAGAAAACACACAGGGAUGUCAAGCCAAAAACAAGCGGGAAAGAUGGCUUGCGCUUCAGCAUCUCUGAACUUUUAACUGACAGUGAGAUCAAAAUAAAACAGGAACAGGGCCCCUAGCCUUAAGAAUGAAUCAAAAGAGGUUUUCAGAGGUGCAGGUCAACUGGUUUGAUAAUGUGGUAAUAAAAGGAGAAAGUCACUCCAAAAAGCUCACUUUUUUGUCUUCUCCUAUAGCAAGUAAACAUUCAGCCUUUCCAAUCACUGAAGUUUCAGCCUCUGAAGGGCUAGCUAUCCUGAAGAAGCAACUUCAGAGGCCACUAGUUUGAAACUGUCUUGGUGGCCAGGCCGUGUUUUUGUGACGUCAUUCUGUCUGACUCGAAAUUGGCACAAAGGAAGAAAACCUGCAACUGACUUUGCAUCCUUCACAAGAUCAGCAAAAUGUAUUUUUUCCAAGCGAUUAUCCACUUCACCAUCUUCAAUGCCAUCAUUUUGGAGUUUGGAGCACAUUUGGUUCAAAAUAAUAUGGCUUAAGAGCAGCCAUAACCCAGAGUGGAAGUUAACAGGCUUGUCAGUUCAGCCAUUUGGACAAA